UUUCUGCGUUGGAAAACGUUCUCAUUGCUUUAGCGACUUUCAGAUUAGUGUCGGCUUCAUCGGAUACCCAAACGUUGGGAAAUCGUCUAUCAUCAACACACUGAGGAAGAAGAAAGUUUGUAAAACUGCGCCAAUAGCAGGGGAAACAAAGGUACGUGUUGAAAAUGUCAAAGAUCCAGAGAAUCAUGUGCAAAGUGUGCUUGACUGCGUGAAAGCCGAGUAUUUGAAGAAACAUUAUGGAAUUGAGGAGUGGAAAGAUGUAGAAGACUUCAUGACAAAAAUCGCUACAAAACAGGGUCGCCUUCUCAAGGGCGGUGAGCCGGAUAUCACCGCGAUUGCGAAGUGCAUCCUAAAUGACUUCCAACGUGGUAAACUACCGUAUUUUGUUGUUCCACCUGGCUGUGAAGAAACCGCUAAUAAGGAGCAUGAUCAGGCUCCAAUAAACGAGACUUGUGCUGACCAGGACGAGUCUGUGAUUGAUACGAGUAGUGAACUUGGCGAUGUUGGUAGUGAAACUAAUUCAACGUGUGUAGAUAGUGCUAAUUAUGGUGAAGCCAUGGAUAAGAACGAUGAUUUGACUGACGUCGGCUCGCUCUGUUCUGGGCUUUCCGAUUUGUCUGGAGUUAGCGAUUUAGAGGAGGAUUUCGAGACUGUUCAUUCCGAUAAUGAAUCAGAGAAGCAGACGCAUCGAAAAACAAAGAAACUGGAAAAGCGAUCGAGAGGUGUUCGAGCGGGAAAAAAACAGCGAAAACGGCAAUUAGGCAAGCAAUCAAAUAUCGAGGCGGUGGCGACCCCGGGUACAUCUACAAUCGUCGAGUUUGCAUCCAGAAAAUCACAUGCCAUGAAGAACAUGUGGCGAAAGAAGUUGCAGAAAAAACAUAGGGUGAAGCAUCAGCAAUAG